AUGACCAAGCCGUCCAAGAUGGCUGGUCAUACACAACACAUGCACCACAACUUGCCGCCCAUGACGCCAAUCCCGCUCACUGGUCCCCGCCGCAUUGGAUCGUGGCCGCUCGAGGAAAUCAAGUACACUCAUUUUCUGUCCGCGCUGUUCAAGUCCAGUCGGCUGGAAAACGUGCCGAGUGGCACGAGCCUUCGCCAAUGGCUGGGCAAGCAACUCAACUGCGCCCCCAUGCGCUUGAGCAAGAAGUUCGACAAGGUAUCAGGCAUGCUCGGGCUCGUCAAGUUUGAAGUGCGCCAAGACGUGCUGGAUGCUAUGACCCCCGCCCAGCGCCGCGCCCAGAUCAAGGAAAUGCACGACCUACGUACCAAGCUUGAGGUCGCCGUCGCGAGGGAGAUGGCAGGCUUGAAGCCGUUGGCCCAUCACUUGGAAAAGCACGGGCGACCCAUGGUGUCCGCAAGUGUCAUGCACGCAUCGCCCAAGAAGAAUCGCGCUCGCAAGUUUACUAACGACGACAACGACAUCCUGUUCAAGGGACGAUUGUCGCUGACUUCCAUGCUGCAAAGCACGGGGGACAUCGUGCCGCGCAAGUCGAAUCGAAAUUGUGUCCGUCGUAGCUACUCGUACGACUCAUCCGACGAGUCUGAGGUGGGGAUUAAGGACGAACACAUGGAGCCUUCCAUGGAGCCAUUGCCAUUUCAUCCCCCCACCGCAACGUCAGCAGCCGCCGAUUGGAACGCCGCUGCAGAAUGUCAUAUCACGGGGCGGCCUAGUGCCGCGUUGACGUUGGAAGACCUCGAAUGGAUUGGCCAGUUCAUGGACGAUUUGCCUUCGUUGGACACGACGGGGGACGCAUUUUGGACGUCGAUCCGUGAAAUCGACUGCCUGAAUCCGUACUCAACCCAGCUACUCGACACGUCCACCGAACAAACCCCGUCGACCUAA